AUGGGGGGGAAGAAGAAGAAGGCCGUCGUUCCCAUUAAGAAGGAGAGCAAGUACAAAAUACCGGCACGAUUUGAUUGCCCGCUCUGCGAUGCGAAGAACUCCAUUGCUGUGCAGCUCGUGCGGAGCACCGGAUCCGCCAGGCUGCACUGCCGCUCCUGUCGCGUCGGGACCGGAAAGGAGUUUCCGUUUCUCCCGCUGGAGAAGCCCGUGGACAUCUUCUUCCGCUUUCGCGAGGAGCUUAUGCAGCAGGACCGCCAGUUUCUGCAAGAACACAACAUCGUGACCGACACGACGGCGGCGAAAACAGGCCUCGCGCAGCUUACACAGCCGGGAGCAACAGGUACGGUCGCUGGGGCGGAGGCAGCGGCGACGUCACGUGGCGGGGAUGUGGCCGCCAUGCACCGCAUUGAGUUUGAGGACGAGGAUGACGAGGACAACGGGUCACACUUUUUUGCGCCGGCAGAGUACGGGGAGGAGGAAGAUGGAGUUGCGUUGUAA